AUGCGAGAGCGCAAGCACCGGAAAAAAGUGAAUUUGCAGGAGGAGCGAAAGGAACGAAUACUUAAAUUUCUUCAAGAAAACCGAGAUUCCCAGCCCAUAGCUGUCCCAGAGAAAAAAAAGACUGCGAGCCAAAAGAAACCACCUAAAAAUGUGGAAAAAUAUAUGAAGAAGGAUCUGACAUCAUGUUUAAUCGCAACUCCAACCAUUUACCCGCGAUUAGCAGCAGGAGAGAAUAAUCCCGUCGUUCGACGAACAGGAAAGCAGCCUCGGGACGAUGAAGAAUGCCGGUUCAAUGCUCCGGGUGUAUUUUUUCUUAGGGGGCGAAACGAAAAUGUAAGCAACCAAGAAGUCAUUUUAAAACCCACGAAGCCCAUACGAAAGGAGUUGAAGAAUAAGUGUGACUUUUUUCCAAAAUAUGCGGACCCGUCUCCCUUCAAAGACCAAAUCACUCAGACCCUAUAUAGAGAGUCUUCCGCGCAGACUUUGGCCUAUUUACCAGAAAGCUAUGACAUCGAUGAGGACCGUACUCUCGAACUUUUUACUCUGCCCUCAAUUCUUCAUGGAGAUAAGCCACCAGGUCUAUUUGAGGUGGAAGUUUUGGAGCGCUCUCGUAAGCGUCGAAACUUCAUGGAGGCCUUAAAGUUAAAUUUUAACAACCAACGGCUAAAUAGCCGUAAACUCGCGAUAAAUCAGUACAAAACGCUGGUGGAGGCCUUUGAAUGGGAGCACUGGUUGGAGCGGGAGGAACAAAUCCAAGAGUGCCAGAUGAUGCGACUGGAAAUCGUGAUCAAGAUGUUUGACAAGAGGGAGAGGGAAAUGCACGCUGCCUCCAAGACGCGAUUGGAACGUGGAUGCGAACUGAUCGAGAAACGUCGCAGGGCGGCAUUGCGUAAGAAUGAGAUCGAGUACCAGCGUGGCAUGCGCCGCAUAAGCAAGCAUCUGGCCAAAACGUCCAUAAGGUGGGAGAAACAAACACCCAUGUUUUCGCUGGGAUCCCCCUGCUCCGAAUUUUACGCCCCAUCCAUAAGAUACGGGGUGGAUCCCGCUCGCCGCAAUUUCUCUUCGACCACUGCAACCCGUGCUUUCAACAUGAGAAUCGACGAACUGGAGAAACAAAUAAAUCUCAAAAUAGUCGAGUGUCCGUUCGCCAAACUAAAGCAAUGGUCACAGCCCAAGCCGCGUCUUUCUGAGAUUGAAUAUCGCUUUUGCAAUGAGGAGCAUCUGAAAAGCCUCUACCAAUCCCUGAAGACCUUGAGGGCCAGCUAUGAAGAUCGCAUGCCAAAGCCCGAAUGUCUUAAGGUGCGUCAUAUACCACCUUAUAAAUCAGGCAGAUACGGCAGGAUGACAUUGGCCACGAUCAAGAGUUUCAGCAGCCUCUAUGCCAAGGACGAAGUAGUAGCACCCGCAUCGCAUAGACCCUCAGAAAAGGAGGCUUUUAGGCAGCAUCUUCAAUGGCAGAAAGAUCAGAUGUCGACCGAAUUCGCUAAGCAAGUGAUCAAAGACGAACAUCAAAAAGAUAUAAAGCAUAUGAUAAUCGCAUACGAGGGCAGCUUGAUUGGUUUCAUGAUGCAGUUCCUAUCCGAUGAAAUGGCUAGGUUAAAGGAGCAACGUCGGCUGCACUUCUUCUCGGUUUUGGCCCAAAAGGAACGUUGGCGGCGCGAGGCCACCGAGGCGGGCCUGAGGCAGAAGGAGAACUGCCAGAGGUUGCUGUACGAGGAGAUGUUCCAGCAAUCCAACGUUAACCACUUAGAUGUCAGUGAUCACUAUGUCCACAGCAUACUGACCACAGAUUUGGGUUGCAUGGCUGCCAACGAAGCAGCUGAGACAGUCACGGAAAUGGCCAAGCAAAUCGAUGUGGACAUUGAAAGGUGGCUGGAGAGUUUUAAGCUGAUCCAGAAUCCUCUCACAUAUAUUCCACUGCGUCUGAUGUUGCACGAUAUGGUCUGUCCCGACUUGAAUUCUGCCCUGCAGCGCUGUGAGAAGACUCUGAUUGCCCAGUACAUAGUGGACGAUGUGAUCUUGGCCAUAAUGUGGAAGGAACUGGAACCAUAUGAUAUAUCGAGUACCCUGACCAGCGAUCUAAUUGACCGCCUCAUCGACAACGAUCUGUAUUUAUUUUCCUCCGAGAGUGAAAGUGAAACAGCGCAAAAGCCAUCCUGGUACGAAUCUCAUGCGAUUAUACGAAAACUUAUUCGACAAUCGGUCCCCGGCCAGCGUUGGAAAGAGGAGUCGGAACGCAUUGUUUACGAGAACUAUAAUGAUCUGUUGGAUAAUAUUUUUGACGAAAUUAUUCACAAAAUGGAAAAUCCUCGAACCAUGGAACCAGUCAUAGUACAUUCGGAAUUUUCUAACGAAUGCCUUAUAGGCACGGACGACAUUCUAUUAAAGAAUAAUUUUAUGGCGCAACUAAAGGAAUAUCAAUCCGAUUCAAGUGCCAUGGACACUCGGAUACUUAAAACCCAAUUUUUAAGCCUGAUAAAGAAAAAAAGGGGACUAGAAAGAAAGAAAAUAGAUCCUGAUGAAGCAUACAAAGGAUCGCCACCACCUUCCAUUGAUGUGAAGUUUGGAGACACUGAAACCCUGUUGCCCGACGACGAGGAUUGUCCGUGGCCUUGGCUUCCAGAUUGUCCGACUCGGAGUCUAUCGAAGAUUAAUCUGGAUGAAAACAUCCACUAUACAUCGACAAUCACCUGGGAUCCUUAA